AUGGAGACGAUCCUGGAGCAGCAGCGGCGCUACCCUGAAGAGAAGGAGCGGCUCAUGGACGUCAUGACCAAGGAGAUGCUCAUUAAGAAGUCUACGCUCCGCGACCAGAUCAACUCGGACCAUCGCACGAGGGCUAUGCAGGACAGGUAUAUGGAAGUCAGUGGGAACCUGAGAGAUUUGUAUGAUAACAAGGAUGGGUUAAGAAAGGAGGAACUCAGUGCUAUUUCAGGACCAAAUGAAUUUGCAGAAUUCUAUAAUAGACUCGAACAGAUAAAAGAAUUCCAUCGGAAGCACCCAAAUGAGAUUUGUGUGCCAAUGUCAGUGGAAUUUGAGGAGCUCCUGAAAGCCAGAGAAAAUCCUAGUGAAGAAGCACAAAACUUGGUGGAGUUCACAGAUGAAGAAGGAAAUGGCCGCUACCUGGAUCUUCAGGACUGCUACCUUAAGUAUAUUAACUUGAAAGCGUCUGAGAAACUGGAUUAUAUCACAUACCUGUCUAUCUUUGACCAGUUAUUUGAUAUUCCCAAGGAAAGGAAGAAUGCCGAGUACAAGAGGUACCUAAAGAUGCUGCUUGAAUACCUCCAGGACUACACAGACAGGGUGAAGCCCCUACAGGACCAGAAUGAACUGUUUUGGAAGAUUCAGAAUGAAUUUGAAAAGAAGUGGGACAAUGGUACCUUCCCAGGCUGGCCGAAAGAGCCAAGCAGUGCACUGACCCAGGCUUCUGAAAGGUGGCGGCCUGACACUGAGGAGGAGUAUGAGGAUUCCAGUGGAAAUGUUGUAAAUAAGAAAACAUAUGAGGACUUGAAACGCCAGGGACUACUCUAG